AUGCAUCUAUUUUUAGCAAUUGUAGCGGCAACUUGGCGAAACUGUGAAGAAUGGAGAGUACGUGGACACGCAAAAAGCGCCACCUUCGACGUGGAUCCCAAGAAUGACGGGAACGUGUUUUCUGUGUACUGUGAUAUGACGUCUAUUCCUGCACAGAUGGUGUUCAAACAUGACGUCACUGCAAGACUGCACGUGGGAUAUGCUAUCAACAGUUGGUAUGCCGACGUGCAGCCGCAGUAUUCUGUCACGAUGGAUAAUAUUGAGGAUGCUUUAACCAUGACGUCAAGUUGCCUGCAGUACAUUAAAUAUGAGUGUAAUCAGUCCAAACUAAUUUUACAGAGAGCUUUUUCAAAGUGGGAAUCACGUGACUCAGUAAUGCAAUACUAUUGGGGAGAUGCUGAUAUGCAACGCAAGCAUUGCGCAUGCGGACUGACUGGUACUUGCGCAGAUCCCUCCAUGAAAUGCAACUGUGAAAUAGAAGAUACAGAGUUGAGGGAAGAUAGUGGCUAUCUAACAGACAGCAGUGUCCUGCCGGUAACAAGGGUGGUGAUUAGAAUGUCACAGACAGCAUCUGACGGGUACUUAACCAUAGGACCGCUGACAUGCGUAGACGUUGAUCCCAGAAGUUUUAUAGAUAAACCAGAGGGAAUCGCAACCACCAUCAUUUGCUCCACUCUCUUCCUGUUGUUUGUUUUCAUGAUAUCUUAUGCCUGUUACAAACGGCGUCCAUGGAGAAAAUGUCAGGCACGGCGCCUUGAGUCGACCUCGAUUGAAAAACUCCCCUCUGCAGACAAAUCAGAGGUCAGUUCAGAAACGCCAGAGGUUGAAAAACCACGUGAUAUCAUUGAGUCUGAAGAGAUAUCGUCUUCAAUGGCACAGCUACCACGGGGACCGCUCCACGCCAUUAUGCCACCUAGUUGGAACGUCCAUAAUUUUCCUAUUCAAAGUUACAAACCUGGAGAAUUGGCAAACCUUCUCGGAGCUCAAAGCGAGGCUGACCUAAUUCGUCUACGAAUGGAAUUGAACGCUUGGCAUCUUCAUCCUUCCCCCAAACAAGACAAUUUACAAAGAACAGAGGAACCAGAGGUACAAGAUGCUUCAAAACAUAAGAAAUUCGAGUAUAACUGGAAUGUUGAUGGUGUUUUGCUGGUCAACUCUCUCAUCAAACGAGAACAAGCCGAGAGGUUGAAAAGGGGACACAUUCUUCAGCCAUACCCACAUCCGAACGCAACAAAAGUUCAUGAGGAUAUCGCCAUAAGCAAUAUCGAUGGUGGAAGAAUCAAACGCAAAAUUGAAGAACCUAAUACUGAUAACAAUACGAUAGAAACUGGAGAUCUUGUUGAUUUGGACUCUAGUGACCAAGAUGUUGAUGUUUUUGACACUGUACAACCGUCACCUCAAGUAAACUACGCUAAUAUUCAGAUGGUAAAAGAUGUUGUUGAACAGGAAAAAGCUGAGAAAGCAACAUUGAGCAACAGUGACCAAGCAGCGUAAAAUAUUCCAGUCCUACAUCUGAACACAGGGUACAACCAAUUGACCAAUACAUCCAG